AAAUGUCAUCCGCUGUCUAUCGUCGUGUCACGAUAUCAGAGAAAAUAAACACUUUUCCCGAAUUUUUUACAGUAAAAUAAUAAAAAUCAUUCGCGAAAAUGGUGUCUAGGAGUUUAACUGAAGUGUUUGUGUUGAUGCGUAACAACGCUAUACACAGCCGGCACAUAUUUGCGGACCAGCGUCCAAACACGGGACAGCACAAUGACUCGGAGAGGGUUCGGCUCAUGCGGAGUAACUCCCAUGACCUGGAGUCCGGGCUGGAGAUGAGGACGGACUCCCACGCACCUCCGCCUUGGACCGAUGCGUUGGAGGAAGCACACUAUGUUAUCACUAGGUUAAGAACAAAACUAUCAGAGCUGCAGUCUCGGCACGAGAAGCAGAUCCGACGUCCGUCGCUGGACGACACGACGGAGCAACAGCACAUACAGCGCCUCACCGCCGAGAUCGGCCGACACUUCACACAUGCGCACACACACCUCACCGCUAUCAAGGCGCAGAUACGACACGGUAACCCUACAGAGCAGAAGUUAGCGACGAACGUAGUGCUAGCACUGGUCACCAUACUCCAGGACCUGAGCGUCACCUUCCGUACAGCGCAGUCGACGUACCUGAAAUCCCUCACCUCGCGAGAAGAACGCUCCAACGCCUACUUCGAACUCCCGAACUUCGAGGAACUGAGCCUCGACGACAAUGAGCUCCUCCCAGGUUUGUCCAACAACCAAACAGACUUACUAUUCUCACUCCCUAGCACUUCUGGCACUCAGAAAUUUGACGAUAACGAUGACUUCUCAAGACCAGCUCUCAACCAAAAGCAACUCUUGCUAAUGCAAGAAGAAAACACAAGAGAUGUGGCGGAGAGAGAAGAAGAAGUGAAUAAAAUAGUUCGUUCUAUAGUGGACUUGAAUGAUAUAUUCAAAGACUUGGCACAUAUGGUCCAUGAGCAAGGCACGGUGCUGGAUAGGAUAGACUAUAAUAUAGAGCAGACGCAGGUCCAGGUUCAUGAAGGGUACAAACAGCUGCAGAAGGCGGAGAGGUACCAGCGGUCCAAUAGGAAGAUGCACUGCAUCCUUAUACUAGGAGUCACCAUCAUAGUGUUAGUAAUCCUCCUCAUCAUUGUCAAGAGUUAGUUUUGGAGGUGACAGCAGAAACUGCCUUAUUUUACGUAGUCGAUACGAGCCGAACGGCCGGACCGUGGAUUCUUUAUCGCUUUACCUUCGGAGUUAGGUCGGAGUUAUUAUUUAUUCAGUUCAAUGGUCUACAGUAACUGAUGGUGGGUAAUGUACAGCGAGCUAAAAGGAGAUGAUUGGCUAAUAUCGACUUUAUAGUAUUCUCACACAUCACCUGUGGUUUGGACUGAAAAAAUUACGAAGAAAAUGCUCUAUGGAGUCGACGUUAAUUGAUUAUCUCUUUAUUUUCAGACUCCUGUGUAUUUAAAGUGUUAAUACAUUACCUACUAAAGAAAUCUACAGCCCUUUAAUGAAUGAUUUGCAAACAUUUAUUCUUAGUUAACAAAUUACAUGUACAACUUAAAAUAUUGUAGCAAAGACAUCACCGGGCUUCCUCCUCUGUCAUAAUAUUAAGAUAUAUUAUAAAAAAAAAAUAGUAUUUGAAAAUCAAUACAUGACUAAAAACUCAAUAGAACCAUUUUGGAACUUCAUCAAAUACAAAUAAUAUUAAUAAUGAUCCCAUAGUAAUUAUAUCCCACUGUUUACCUAAAAUGUUAUUAAAGUGUUAAAUCUCGUUAAAGUUGUUGAAUGAAGGAAUCCGAUUGUUAUCUAAAUUAUUUUAGUAAAUUAUUGUCUGUAUAUAAACGAGCGACCAUAUUGUGUAAGGAAUUAUGGAACAAGAUACUUAGAUUGAGCAUUCUUUUGGGGCCUAAUUAAUAGGUAGAUGACGCUAAAGUUAUUUGCCAAGUCAUCUUAAAAGGUACCUGGUUAUUGAAUAAUUUUAAAAUUGGUUUUAACAUUCCAUUAGGUUUAUACGCAAUAAAUUGUACAACCAAUAAAAAAGAUCAAAAUAGAAAAAUAUUUUUCAAAAUAAAGUUAGUAGUAAUGUUGCAGGUUUUCGGUAAAAUUCGACCAUAUUACUAUUACUUAUAUAAACCACAAUAACACAAUCCCAUGUGGGUAGGCAGACAUAUACAGGAAUUUUGCUAUUGCAAGUAUUAUACAUCCCCCUAUAACAUGGGACUCAUAACAUAACUGGUAAAAACCAACUGUUAAAAAAUGUUAAAGCCAAGGAUACACUAGAGGACAAUGAAUGUCCCACGGUGGGACAUUAAUCCCACGACAUGUCAUGAUUUUGCCUGACAUAAUAUUUGGCUACAUAGCGCGACAUAAUAAUUAUCUGGCUACACUGGUCAUAGGAUAGCCGAGCGAUGUCUCGCGAUAUUGCCAGACAUGUGUAGCGAAGUCCGGCAACAUCCCGCUACUUCACCCGACUUCACUGUCGACACUUAUCGCAGGACAGAUUUUAGACGUCUAGUGUAUCCUUGGCUUAAAUUGGAUUAAAAAAUAAUAUAUGUAUAUUCACUUGUUCAGCCAAAAUGAGGUCUAAUGCUAAUACCAUAUUUGGUCGUUUACCCACACACAACUUUACUAUAUUAUAUUUUACUUAAAUAAAUAACUUUGUAAUUUUGGUCCCAAAGAGUGUCUCGAUCAAACGAUAAGUUGUGUAAACGAUGCACACGUUCUAGUCUUUAGGUAUGUACAUUGUAAGAUAUGUAAGUAUUAGUUAAGGAGUAUUUAUUUCAACUAAACUAUGUAUGAGUGUUACUUUGUACCUGAGCAGGAAAUGAAAUUAUGGGACAAUUUUGUAGUAAACUUAAUAUGUAGUAUAAAAUAUUGUUUCCUAGAUAUUGCUUUCAAUAUGUAGAAGGCUAACAGACCAUAGUUCCCUUAGUACGAGUUUGCUUUAAGUUUAAAGUAAUUGAAACGAGAACGCGUUCGGCGCUUUGUUUGGUUGGUUCAUUCGAGCCGGUAAAGCAAACUUAUACUAAAGGUACAGACUGAUCAAAAGGUUGGUAAUAAACGUUUGAAUGAUAUUUUGUAUGAUUGCGAAGGGGUGUUACCUACCGUGCUUUGUAUCCAAAUUAUAUAAAGCUGUUUGCGUAUGUAUGAAAACGACUGAUUGCAAAAAAAUAUACCUACAGUAUGUAAUUGAAGCCUUUUCAAAAAUGCUGACGCUUGCACAUCUACCUGCCCAUAUGUCAAUAGAUUUUCAACUUUAUUACAAAUUUAUGAAGUUGCAAAAUGUAUUACAGCAUUAUAACAGUUUGGUAUAGCUUUAUGUGCAGGCUUUGUACUUUAAAUCACUUAUUUUUACAUUAUUCUGCUCAGGCAACAUUGUCGUUGUUGUUACUGUGUGAUAGUGAGUGUGUGCCAAUGUUCGAGUAAAGGAAUGUCAAAAGUGUAAUUUAUUUGUUGAUACUAAACAAUUUGUCACCAAAACUAUUAAAUUAUUUGCAAAAUAUUACAUUACCUAAUACUAAGUUGUUUUUUGUUUCAUUUACGCAUUGAGUAAUGGAAAUAAUUGUUCGAAUUCUUGUAACUUUUAUAUAAUUUGCUUUAUUGUCACAGCUUCAGAAUUUUUCGAAUCAAAAUUGUAAAUUUUAUCAAAAUUAAGAUGAAGAUCUUAUACAUAUUUAACUUAAAUUAAUCAACUGUUAUAUACACUUGUAUAUGUAUAAUAAAUAACUAUAGUAGUAAUAAAUGAAGUGUAAAAUAAAUGCAAUAAAAUAAAGAAGGCCGCCGCAAUGGCGCCAAUGUUGUUAAAGAACAUUCUAGAUGGUUCCCUAAUGAUAACUUUUGUAUUGUACCUAAUGUAUUUAUUUACAAAGUUGUGUAAAUAUUGUUUACUUACCUAUAAAUGACAUCAAAGUGAUAAUAUAUUACAGAAUAUUCCAACUA